AUGGCUCCAGGUAAGAAAGUUGCUCCAGCUCCAUUUGGUGCUAAAUCCACCAAGUCUUCUAAGGCUAAGAACCCAUUGACUCACUCUACUCCAAAGAACUUUGGUAUUGGUCAAUCCAUUCAACCAAAGAGAAACUUGUCCAGAUACGUCAAAUGGCCAGAAUAUGUUAGAUUACAAAGACAAAAGAAGAUCUUAUCUAUCAGAUUGAAGGUUCCACCAACCAUUGCUCAAUUCCAAUACACUUUGGACAGAAACACUGCUUCUGAAACUUUCAAAUUAUUCAACAAAUACAGACCAGAAUCUUCAGCUGAAAAGAAGGAAAGAUUAACUAAGGAAGCUGCUGCCAUUGCUGAAGGUAAGACUAGACAAGAAGCUUCUCCAAAGCCAUAUGCUGUUAAGUUUGGUUUGAACCAUGUUGUCUCUUUGAUUGAAAACAAGAAGGCUAAGUUAGUUUUGAUCGCUAAUGAUGUUGACCCAAUUGAAUUGGUUAUUUUCUUACCAGCUUUAUGUAAGAAGAUGGGUGUUCCAUACGCCAUUGUCAAGGGUAAGGCUAGAUUAGGUACUUUAGUUAACCAAAAGACUUCUGCUGUCGCUGCUUUGACUGAAGUUAGAUCUGAAGAUGAAGCUGCUUUAGCUAAGUUGGUUUCUACCAUUGAUGCUAACUUUGCUGACAAAUACGAUGAAGUUAAGAAGCACUGGGGUGGUGGUAUCAUGGGCAACAAAGCUCAAGCUAAGAUUGCCAAGAAGGCCAAAGCUUCUGAAUCCGCUUAA